CAGACACUGCUUUUCAAGCUCAUGCUGCUGCUCCUUGGUAGAUCGUGGCUCUGAAUGAGCAAACUCCAUAGAAAAGAUGAAAUUUGAGGAUCUCUUGCUGGAAAUUGGUGGCUUUGGCAGAUUCCAGAUUUUAAUUUUGCUUAUCCUCUGUCUCCCAAGAAUCAACCUUCCCAUGCAUUUCCUGCUGCACAAUUUUCUUGCUGCUACCCCCUCUCAUCACUGUGCAAUUCCACAACAAGAGGCAUUUGUGAACCUCACCAUGGAGGAAAUUCUGCUCAUCAGCAUCCCCCGGGAGCCUGAUGGCACUUUCAGGUCCUGUGAGAUGUUCUCUCAGCCUCAGUUUCACCUGCUGCUCAAUUCUUCUCUGCAACCAGAAAACAGCUCCCUCCUCCAGCACUGCCAGCAUGGGUGGGUCUAUGACCACUCACAGUUCACCUCCACCAUCGUCACCGAGUGGGAUCUGGUGUGUGAGCAGCGCGGACUGAACCAGGCGACCGCGACCUUCUUCUUCAUCGGCGUUACGAUGGGGGCAGUGAUAUUUGGAUACCUCUCAGACAGGUUCGGACGGAAAGCCAUGCUCCUGCUGUCACUUGUGUGCUCGGUCAUAUUCGGGAUGCUGAGUGCCACCUCCACCUCCUACAGCAUGCUGGCCAUCACACGGACCCUCACAGGGGUGGCCCUGAGUGGUGUCUCCCUUAUUGUAUUGCCUUUGGGGAUGGAGUGGGUGGACAUAGAGCACCGCACCUUCUCCGGGAUCCUGAGCAGCAUCUUCUGGAGCGUCGGUAACAUGCUGCUGGCCACCGUCGCCUACCUGGUGCGGGAAUGGCACUGGCUGCUAGUAGCAGUAACAGGACCUUGUCUGCUGAGCAUCCUCUGCCUGUGGUGGGUCCCAGAGUCUGCACGGUGGCUCAUAGCCAAUGGCAAAGUGAAACAAGCUCACAGGCAUCUGAUUAGAUGUGCAAGAAUGAAUGGAAGGAAAGACUUCACUGUCUCACCAGAGGCCCUCAGAAGGAUGGCAAUGGACAACAAGCCAGGAAGGAGUUACUCCUACAUCAGCUUGUUUAGGACACCAGUCCUGCGGAAGAUCUCCCUGUGCUCUGGGGCAGUGUGGUUUGGUGUUGCCUUCUCUUACUACGGCAUGAGCAUGAACCUCACUGGCUUUGGGCUCAACAUGUAUCUCUCCCAGUUUGUCUUUGGCGUCAUUGAGAUUCCAGCCAAGGUGAUCAUGUACGUCCUGGUGAACCGGGUCGGGCGACGGCAGAGCCAGGCGUGGACGCUCAUACUGGCCGGCCUGUGCAUAGGAGCCAACGUCAUCAUUCCCAAGGCCUUCACCUCCUUGCGUUCUGUAGUGGCCAUUACGGGCAAAGGUUUCUCAGAAGCUGCAUUCACUACUGUCUACUUGUACACCUCUGAGCUUUAUCCCACCGUGCUGAGGCAGAACGGCAUGGGGUACACCUCCUUCCUGGCACGCCUCGGCGGGGCUCUGGCCCCACUCGUGUUCCUGCUGGAUGGGGUGUGGAGGUCCCUGCCCGAGGUGACCUACUGCGGGGUAGCAGUCUGCUGCGGCUCGGCGGCCUUCCUGCUCCCGGAGACGCUCAACCUGCGCCUGCCCGAGGGCAUCGAGGACCUCGAGAAGCCACAAGCGAAAAGUCCCCAGCAGAGCGGUGCUCCCGAGGCGGUGCCGCUGCGGGCUCCGCUGCAGUGA